AUGUCUCAACCCACCUCCUCCACCAAGCCCAAUGACCCGGUGACAACACUCCAGUCAUGUGCUGUCAAGAUCGGUGGCGACGAAUUCUUUGGUGGAAAGAAGCUCGGCGUCUCAGAUAUCGAGACGAAGCUCAUUACCCUGCGGCCUAAGACCCUAGAGCAGUAUUUCGGGCUCUUCAUCGACUUCCCUCUCGCCGCUUCGAAUGAGGAUAAAGGCUUCGGACAGUGUCAUGCAAUUGACUACCAAUCUCGCUCGCCGGUUCCAUGCGAGUCCCGAAGGCUCAAAGUCAAGUUCCCUCACGAGAUCGAGGUCAAUUUCCGGGCCGCAACCGAAGAAGAGGCUUCCAACCUUCCGAAAGGAAAAGCCAAGAUGUCCUGGGUCGAAGUUGCUCUCAAGAAAGACGCCAAGGUCACGGAGCAGUUCACCUUCAUCGUCUCCGAGCCCCACCCACUGUUGCAAAACAAGGUGGACGUGACCAGCCUACCAGCCAGCUUCGAUUUCGGCUAUGGUGACAUCCACUCCUGGGACAUGGAGAGAUAUAUGCAGCAGCUCAGCGAGAUCAAGGGCGGCCAGAUCGAAGCUUCUUGGAACCACUAUACAGAUGACUCUUACGUGGCUUCCAAGCAAGAAUAUGAGGUUCUGAAAGGGAUGCAACCGCCAUCUACAGUCAAUGCCAUCCAAGGCCAAGAGGCAGAUAUGGUUGUUGUUAUUACAGCGGCUACCCGCGGCGCUGGUGCUGGUUUCACCUCGGACGAGCGUCGACUUAAUGUUAUGUUAAGUCGACACAAGUGUGCUCUCGUCAUCUUCAGUGACAUCGCCACGGUGAACUACAAGGGCAAGGGUAAGGGAAAGAGAAAGGCAGAGAGGGUCAUGUUGCCUACUGGAGAGGUGUCGUUCCAGAAGGCUCGGAUGUUAAAGGAUGUCCGCAAGGCGCUUGCUGAGGCAGGGCGCGUGGCUGUAGUCGAGUGUAAGCCGAAUAAGGGCAAGAGAAAAGCUGAGGAUGAGGCUGCUAGAUAG